AUUUGGAGGAGUGUAAAGCAUAUUUCAAUCAAAAUAUAGGAGGUAGUACAUAUAGAGAAUUGGAAAGGGUGGCUUUGGAGAUAGAGAUAGAUUUGUUAACCAAAGAAUUAUAUGGAAUGCGAGUU